AUCUUCAUCAAGGUAACCUGCUCCAACUCAGAGGCAAAGAGAACUCUCAUCCAAAAGAGAGAGAGAAAAAAAAACAAGGGAAAGAAAAUCAACGUUGUAAAGAAAGAACCAAUCUGUGACAUGAUGAUCUCCAAACUACAGAAAACCACGAGGUCAGUGGGCGCUAUGAGGCACAUGCAUCGAUCAGGAGCAGAAGGUCUCCCGGCGUCGGCCCAGCACGCGGCCGUGGAGCGCCCGGCCCCCGAGGAGACGGUGACCGCCAGCUUCGGGAGGUUCAUCAGCGGGCUGAAGGCCCGACACCUCACCCCGACCGUGCUCCGCCGCAGCAAGCGGAUGAUGCUGGACAGCCUGGGGGUGGGUCUGCUCGGCAGCACCACCGACGUGUUCCAGCUGGCGCUGCGGCACUGCCAGGAAAUGUAUGCACCUGAUGACAUCAGCUCUGUCUACGGCCGCAGUGGGACCAAACUGUCCCCAACACUCGCGGCCUUUGUCAACGGAGUGGCAGUUCACUCCAUGGACUUUGAUGACACGUGGCACCCAGCCACCCACCCGUCAGGAGCGGUUCUUCCAGCCCUGCUGGCCGUCAGUGACAUGAUGUCCCAGAACAGGAAGCCCAGUGGCCUGGACCUACUGCUUGCCUUCAACGUUGGCAUCGAGGUCCAAGGCCGAUUGAUGAGGUUCUCCAAUGGCGCCAGCAACAUCCCCAAGAAGUUCCAUCCUCCCAGUGUGGUUGGCCCUAUGGGCGGUGCAGCAGCGUGUAGUAAUCUCUUGUCUCUGGACCCGUCCCAGUGCAGCCACGCCUUGGCCAUCGCUGCCUCUCUAGCUGGCGCCCCCAUGGCUAACGCCGCCACUCAGUCCAAACCGCUCCACAUCGGCAACGCUUCCCGCCUGGGUAUGGAGGCCGCACUGUUGGCGUCCAGGGGUCUGGAAGCCAGUCCUUUAAUCUUGGACUCUGUGCCCGGCGUGGCUGGCUUCAACGCCUUCUACGAAGACUACAUGCCGCUGCCAUUAUAUUUAUCCCAAGACGAGGGCCACAGCUUCUUGAUAGAGGAUCAGGACAUUGCGUUCAAACGCUUCCCCGCCCACCUGGGCAUGCACUGGGUGGUCGACGCGGCAGCCUCGGUCCACAAGCUCAUCGUGGGGGUGGAUUCCGGAAAAGUCUCUGCCUCCAAGGUGAAGGACAUCCUGCUGAGGGUGCCCCGCUCCAAGUACAUCAACCGGCCCUUCCCCGAGUGCGAGCACCAGGCGCGCCACUCCUUCCAGUUCAACGCCUGCAGCGCCCUCUUGGACGGGGAGGUGACGGUGCAGUCCUUCACCGCGGGCGCCAUAACGCGGCCGGAGCUGGCGGCGCUGCUGAGCCUGGUCCGCGUGGAGCACCCUGAAGACAACCCCGCGAACUUCGACCUCAUGUACGGCGAGGUCCAGGUGACGCUCGACGGCGGAGAGGUUCUCAGGGACCGGUGUGACACCUUCUACGGACACUGGCGUAACCCGCUGACCAAUGAGAGCCUGAGGAAGAAGUUCCGGAGCAACGCGGGGGCGGUGCUGCCGCGGGAGAAGGUGGAGGGCCUGGUCGAGACGGUGGAAGCUCUGGAUGAGCUGCCAGACUGCACACCUCUCCUCUUAAAGCUGCAGUGAACGCAUCCCUGAGAUUUUAUUAUUUAAUAUUGCUUUUUUUAAUUGGAUUUGAAGACAGUGUCGGUGUUCGCAUUUUAUAAUAAUCUGAAAUCAUGUAAAUGUGCUACAUUUAUCUUUGUAAAUAGUAUGCCUGUAGCUAUGUAGAAGGACCUGCUUCAGAGGGUUUGGUUUUGUAUUCAAAUCAAAUCAAAUUUUUACUAAGUUGAUAGUUAUGAUUGUUAAUAAACUAUGUCAAUGUAAACUUGAUGCUUUGAAAUGUAUACGUUUGUUGUCUAUUCAAUAUGACAAUGAAAGCCAUGUAUCAAUGUUGACACUCUG